AUUCUGAUAAAAAUAAAACGUGCUGCAGCCGCUUUCAUUUCUCUUUAAUUUGUUUUUUGUUAAAAACUAAGUGAAAAAAUGGCAACUAAGCCGAAAAAAGAAGCUCUUUGUGAUUAUUGCGGAAGCAAUAACGAUGCAAAGCACAUUUACUCCGCCCAGAAGUCCUUCGUCAGCCGGAAAGUAUUGGAGCUGCUUGAGAUCAUAACUCACAAAAACCUGCCCAAUAAUGUGGGCUUCAAGGUAUGCUUCCUAUGCGCCUCCACACUGAUGUCUACCGUCGGCGUUAUUGAAAAAACGCAGAAAUUGGUGGACGCCUGCCUUCUCAAUGUUGCCAACAAGAAAAAGAAGGCCCCUGGAAAGGCAAAAGCGACGGUAGAAGAAAAAGCGAAGGAGGCUGUAAACGAGGUGAAAGAAUCCGAAAGCGAGGAAACUUCUGGAGAGGAAGAAGAAAAUAAGGAAGAGGAAGUAGAAGAAGAAGAUGUUGUAAUUGAUAUUACCGAAGAUAGAGAAGAAAAGCCAAAAGCUAAGCCCAAAAUCGCUUCUCCAAAGAAGAUAAACACGACCAUUCGACAGCGAAGCAAGUCCAUGGCUGCUCUGUCGGUGACUGAAAUACAAAAAAUAACUCAAAAUUCCAUUACUGGUUCGCCCAAGAAGCAGCUGAAGCAAACGACUCUUCUGGAGAGCUCUGAGGUCAAGCUAACGCCGAAAAAGCAGGAUUCUCGGCAGGAGGACAACCUGAUCGAUUCCGUUAAGAUAACACCCGCCAAGGAGAUUGCACCCAAGAAGAAGGUCUUCCUCCAGCUAUUCGGCUCUAGCCACAAUGAACACCUGGAGACUGAGAGCGAUACGGAGAGCGAUAGUGAGGGCGAGAAGAAAAUCCAGUUUUCGCCACAGGAAUUCGAGUGCCGGCUGUGUGACUUCAAGUCGAAGUUUCCCAAGCUGUUCAAGGAGCAUCUGUCCAAGGAGCACGGCCAGCAGAGGCCACGAAUCUAUUUCUGUGAUGCCUGUCCCAAGACCUUUGGUGUUCUGAAGUCAUUGAAACAUCACUUGUCCACCGCACAUGGAGUAAAAUUGGAGAGUGUUUACCAAGCUACCACCAAAAAGACCAAGGAGGAUAAGCCCAAGGAUGCUAAGGUGAAGAAGGAGAAGGCUCCGGUAGUGAAGUCCAAGCCUGAAACUAAGGAGAAAAUCCAAAAGGAGGAUUCGGAUCCACCGGCUGAUUCAUUCAAAGCCUUAAACGAGUCCGAAAUCAGGAAUAAGCUUGUGGACAAAGUAGUAAACGAUGAUUAUACAUUCGCUGUUAAUGGAUCCAGUGCAUCCACACCUAUGGCUGGUUCCGAUACCCCGCAAUUCCAAGAGUUCAAGUGCGACAUUUGCGACAGCGAAUUCUCCACUGCUAGGCUGAUGCAGGAACACCACACGAAGGCCCAUGGCAUCGAGAAACCCAAGGUGUUCAAGUGCCAAGUCUGCGACAAAUCCCUGGCCACUAAGCAGACUUUGAUGCACCACGCCAAGUUGCACCAGGAGAGCGUUGGGGAUACCAAACGAAAGAUUUUGCAGGAAGAUAGCGUGGACAGUUCCAAGAAGGAGGCUGCCGUCUCUGAGGAUAAAUCGGCUGCUAAGAAAGACACUACCAAGGAAACUAAAAAGGAGAAGGCAUCCAAGAAGGUUAAAGAGGAUAAGCCUAAAGCUCAGGAGUCGCCGGUAAAAGCUCCCCAGGAGAUUAAAGAAGUUGCCCAAAAGGAGGAUUCGGAACCACCUGUAUCUUUAAUCAAAGCCUUGAACGAGUCCGCCGUCAAGAAGAAGCGUCUUGAAAAAUCGGCAAACAAUGAAGAUGCAGUCGCUCUCAACAGAUCCAGUGCCUUAUCACCCGUGGCUGGUGAAGAGUCCCCGGUUUUCAAUUUAUUCAAUUGCGACGUCUGCGACAGAGUCUUCAACUCCGCCACGCAAAUGCAGAAUCACAUAAAGCAGACCCACGGCAUCGAGAAGCCAAAGAUCUUCAAGUGCCACAUCUGCCAGAAGUCCUUGUCCACCAAGCAGACGCUAAUGUACCACUUGAAGUUGCAUCAAGAGGAGGGUUCCAAGCCAGACGAAGAGGCAAACGAAGUGGAGAUUGUCGGCAGUCCACGGGAGGCUGCAGAACCGAAGAAGAAGCCGGCUGCCAAGAAGAAUCUUUCCAAGGAAUACAAAAAGGAUCAGGAAGCUGAGAAACCCAAGAAGGAUAAGUCGAAACAGAUAGAGGAAACUGUUCCCACUGAGACACAAGAGGUUGAUGUUAUAAUGGCUGCUCCCAAGUCUCCCGUCAAGAAGGCCAAGAAGGAGAAGAAGCCACUGAACACCUCCCAAGAUGACUCUUCGCCUUCCCCAGUUCUGAAUGGUGGGGCUAAACUCAACAAGUCUGGAAAGCGCAAGCUUAAGGUUAACCAGUCCCUCGACCAAGAUGGCCCAGCCAGCUCCAACAAUGAUUCCACAAUGGAGGACUCUGCAUCCCCGCAGCAGCUGAUGAACGAAGUCAACCCCAACGUCCGUCCGCACAAGAAGGCUCGACUGGAUUCCGUUGUGUCGAUUGGUGACGAAAGCACCUUGGACAGCACCGCCGAUGAGACGAUGGACUUCAACUGCAACCAGUGCGGCAAGACGGUAACCUCACGCCGUCGCCUGGACUCGCACAUCCAGAAGAAGCACGGCGUGAAGCUGCAGUGUCCGGUGUGCAAGGACAGCCACCUACUGCAGUUGGACUAUGUGGCGCACUUUGCCGACUGCAGUGCCCUCGAUGGACUGCCCUGCGGUGUACCCAUGUGCAAGAAGGUCUUUGCCGACGCCAACUACUUGAGCACCCACCUCCGGAAGCGUCACCAGUGGGCGUAGUUACGUUUUUGUUUUUUAACUUUUCAUCACUAAUUGACCAUCUUUUUUAAAUUAGUUUAUAAAUCAUAUCAUAAUUAGAUGUAUCAUCCGGUACAUUGCUUUAGUUUUUGUUAACAAAUAAGAGAAAGGAUACUCUUUGGAAGGUCCUUG